UUAUUCCCGAUCGGGACGACUCGUCGCCGUAGGAGGAGGAAGAGGAGGAGGAGGAGGAGGAGGACUGGGGAGGCCCAUUCGGUGGGUGCUGAUUAGGGUUGUGGCGGAGGGCACCAAUGGCGCGGCGGGGCUCUUCGUCGGGCCGGUGGCGGCACCUCCAUCCCGGAUACUACAUGAAGAGGCCGGUGCGGUUCGCUGCCGUCUUGACCGCCUUCGUCUUGACCACCUUCGUCGUAUGGGACCGCCGUUCCCUGCUCCGGGACCACGAGGCAGAGGUUUCCAGACUCUACGAUGAGUUAAACGAAUUGCAACAUCAGUUGAGGGAAGUCGGGGGACAUUUGGGUGAUGGGACUGAAAUUCUCUCUGGUAUAAAGGAGGAAAUGGCCAAGAAUAAUAAUGUGUGGAAGGCUGAAAUUGAUCUGGUUAACAGCCAACGGAGGGAAAAAGUUAAAGAGGCUAUGCUUCAUGCUUGGAACUCUUAUGUAAAAUAUGCGUGGGGACAAGAUGAGCUUCAGCCACAGUCAAUGAAUGGUGUCAAUAGUUUUGGUGGCCUUGGAGCAACCCUUGUGGAUUCUCUUGAUACAUUAUACAUUAUGGGCUUAGAAGAUGAGUUUCCGAAAGCAAGAGAGUGGAUUGCAACUUCAUUAGACUUCAACAAGGAUUAUGAAGCAAGUGUUUUUGAGACAACCAUAAGAGUUGUUGGUGGACUACUUAGUGCUUAUGACCUUUCUGGUGAUAAGAUAUUUCUUGAGAAGGCUAGAGACAUUGCUGAUAGAUUGUUACCUGCAUGGGAUACACCAACAGGCAUUCCGUAUAACAGAAUAAACUUGGCUCAUGGUCAUGCGCAUAAUUUUGGAUGGACUGGGGGACAAAGUAUUCUUGCAGAUUCUGGGACUGAGCAGCUUGAGUUUAUAGCUUUAUCUCAGAGAACGGGAGACCCCAGAUACCAGCAGAAGGCAGAGAAGGUCAUCACUCAGCUGCAGAAGACAUAUCCAAGUGAUGGUUUACUUCCCAUCUAUAUUAACCCUCAUUCAGGUGUGGCAGCAUCCUCCUCAAGCAUAACAUUUGGCGCUAUGGGUGAUAGUUACUAUGAAUACUUACUCAAAGUUUGGAUACAAGGGAACAAAACUGGAACAGUGAAGCAUUACCGAGAAAUGUGGGAAAUUUCGAUGGAAGGUCUAUUGAGUUUGAUACGGAAAACCACUCAAUCUUCUUUGUCAUAUAUCUGUGAGAAAACUGGUGAUUCUCUCUCCAACAAGAUGGAUGAAUUGGCAUGCUUUGUUCCAGGCAUGUUAGUUCUGGGUUCCUCAGACUAUGACCCAGAGAAAGCAGAUAAAUUCCUCUCACUUGCAAAAGAGCUUGCUUGGACUUGCUAUAAUUUCUACCAAUCAACUCCAACAAAAUUAGCUGGAGAAAACUACUACUUCAAUGGUGGAGAGGAUAUGAAUGUUGGCACAUCAUGGAAUAUAUUAAGACCAGAGACUGUGGAGUCACUUAUGUAUCUCUGGCGGUUCACUGGAAACAAAACUUACCAAGAUUGGGGUUGGAACAUAUUCCAGGCAUUCGAAAAGAACUGUCGUAUCGAUUCUGGUUAUGUUGGACUAAGAGAUGUCAAAACAGGUGAGAAGGACAACAUGAUGCAAAGCUUCUUUCUUGCAGAAACACUGAAGUAUCUCUAUCUCUUGUUCUCACCGCCAUCACUCAUCUCAUUCGAUGAGUGGGUUUUCAACACCGAAGCUCAUCCUUUACGAAUCGUUACGAGAAAAGAUGGACAAGACACGGAACCAACAAGGAUAUCAGUCGCUAAGCCACUUGGAAGAAAGCAAGGAAAUGAAGAACAGAAUUGAGGCCUUAUCAAAUUUUGUUUCGAGUGGAUUUUAUUAAUCUGAUUAACUAAUUACAACCUCAAAAGUCCAAUUUAUCUUGACCGAAAUGGGGGAGCACAUCUGACAGAAUGAUUUCAUGGCAUGUUCAUUGUGAAAGGUGGGAUCGUCUGCAGAAUGAUGGAUAUGAGAUCACAUUUAGAAAUGUGUGAUUGGUUUACAAAUAUUGCAUCUUUCUUGACGGAUAAAUGAGCAAUUGCAUUGCUUCAUGUCAUUCGCAUAUGGAUGGGUGUUGCCAUCCGAUGUAAAUGUUCCUCUUUUGUUUGUAGGUGCUACUCUUUCUGUUUAUGAAACCUCUUACAGCAUACUUUUCCUUACUCUCUUAUCAUCUUUGAGAGGUUUUAUUAUUCUUUCAUUAUUAGGAAAUGACCUAAUGUAUUUAAUAGUUUUAACAAUUGGCGAGUAUAUGAUUUUUGAUA